CCAGAACCCCUUUGCGCUUACAAGGACCCACCACCUUCUCCCCAGCUCUAUUCGUCGCUCGUUGAUACCGCACUCCAGCAUCUCGACCCCUCAACACAUAUAAGUAAGCUUCCGUCUUCGCACCUUCCUCGUGCUUCGUCAUCGACAACGACCAUGGCCAUCCAAUGGAAGGAAUCUGGUGCGAAGGAUCGUCUGCUCGCCGCUGUUAUCGCUGUGUCUUCCAACCUUGACAUGAACGAGGUCGCUCGUCUCUUCGGCCAGGGCGCCACCUACGACGCCGUUGAAGGUCAACUGCGCAAGGCUAAGAAGGCAGCCGCCGCUCUAAAGGAGGAGGCUACCGGUCGCACUGGCCCAGCCAACACUCCCUCUAGGGCCAAGAAGACUAAGAAUGUUAACGACAGUCCCGUCAAGACCUCAGUCGUCAAGGGCGCGCGCGUCUCCAAGCCUAAGAAGGCGACGACACCCAAUAUUAAGGCUGAGCUCCUUCACGAGGACUCUAUGCUCUUCGACGCAGUAAUCAAUGUGGCUGACAGCGCCGAAACUGAGGAUGAGGUCUGAGAUUGAUAGCAGCUCGUCUUCUCAGAGACGAUUGCAACUGUAUUAGCUUGGCGAAUUUGAAUACCUUGACAAUGAUCAUUUUAUAAGUUUCCACACCGGGUCUCACAAGACGGUUGGGUAGAUAUUGUUGCGGU